UGGUUUUCGAAACAUGGACGAGGGCACCCCGCUAUAUCCGAUGACGAUGCCGCACAUCCAGCAGCAGCUUGAAGAGCUCGAGUGCCUGUCCAGCAUGUUUCCGAGUGAAGGUGAAAUGCACGUCGACCCGUACGUGAAGGUACUCUUUGAAUCCGCGAUGCAAUGCUCGACGGAGGCAACUACGAUCGACUUGCCCCUCGUCCACGUGACGCUCUUCCUCACGACAUGCAUUGUCGACAACUACGUGGCGGAACUCAAGCUGACCUUCCCCAUCGACUAUCCGACCGAACCGUUGGACUUGGAGCUUGUGUGCCCAACCUUACCCCGUACCCACCGCACAUCAAUCGUAAACGCACUUCAGGAUGUUGCAGCAGCUUGCGCAGGAGCCGUGUCAACGCUACAAGUUUACCACGAAGCCGUCGAGCGUCUAGGUGACUACCUGGCUCGUUCAACUCGAUUCGACGACACUCCAUUCCGUGUGGCAUCUCCUCGCGCCGUCAACUCGUCUGAAAUCGGACGUCGCACCAUCUAUUUCCAUCACAUCAUCGCUCCAGGCAAGCGACAAGUCAUCAAGGACUGGGCCAAAGAGCUGCAACUUGGCGGGUUUAGCAAGAUCGGGUGGCCCGGCGUCAUCGUUGUCGAAGGCAUCGAAGCAAAUGUCCAGGAAUACGUUAAACGCCUGCAACAUCUACGGUGGAAGCAAAUGGUUGUCCGCGGCGAACAGAUCGAUAUGACGCGCAAACUCGAGCCCAAGUUUGUCGAGCUCACCGACAUGUCCAUCUUGGCGUCGACGUGCGCCGACGCUGGCCUGACCGACCUCUUUCUCACCGCCAUGAAGAUCUACCGAUGACGUGAACAUUGGACUUCCAUUCGUCGACCGCUUCAGCCUCUUGAGCUUGCAUUCUUGCAGCGUCUUCUCGAUGGCAAAGCGUGCAACCAACUCGUUGGACAUGCUUGGAUCCAUCACCUGAUAGAGCACACGCCGCGAAUCGUCAAGUCAAGCGGGAUGCAGCGGCGGUGAGAAAAUAUUGCUCAGGCUGGACGUGCCGACGCGACUGGAAUCUGUUGACUUUAUGGGCGUGCUUGGGCCACUUCGCCACAUUCCAUCCAUUCUGUUGAUCGGCAUGGAUCGUGCCGUUGGGUGGAGCACUCCAUGCUGUCGACUGUCUGCCGCGAUACCGCUAGCAAAUGCCCGUGGAGGUGGGGUCAUGAACACGAAUGGAAUUGCCGAACUCGAUGCACAACACGUUCUGCAAAGACGGUGCCGAGAGGCAAGGACGAGUCGAAUAACGAGCGUCGACAUGAGGAUCGUUGCUUUGAACCCCUCGACCUUCAAGUGUACGACUGGGUCAAAACGACUACAAAGCACGACAGAACCACUGAGAUCGAUCCCUCGAUUUCAUCGUAAAGUCCUCGCCUUC